AAGGAAUACAUUCAACUGUUCCUCCUCGAGUCGGACUCGGCAGCAGUUGGAUGGCGUGAGCAGCAGAGCACUGCACAGGACAGAGCAGACGCACAGGACAGAGCAGACGCACAGGCAGCACACAGAGGCGCGCGAUUAAUUGACGAAUCUAGAGGACAGGACAGGGCUCUGUCCUCCAGUAGCAUCCUUUCGUUUCGAACAUGGAUUUGGAGACCAGAAGACACACUGAAAUGCUUUUACAGCUAGCAGUCAUUUUCUGCUGUUCAUAUGGGGCAAUUGGAAAAGACAGCUGUGAUGGCCCACUGGUGUCCAGCCUGCCCCAGUCCUCCUUCAGAAGCUCAUCACAGUUAUCCAACAGCCAUGGACCCGGCUUUGCCAAAGUAAACAGGAGAGAUGGUGCCGGAGGCUGGGCUCCUGUAGAGUCUAAUAAGUACCAGUGGUUGGAGGUGGACCUGGGGGAGCGGACGGACAUCACAGCCGUGGCCACGCAGGGUCGCUACGGCAGUUCAGACUGGGUCUCCUCCUUCCUCCUCAUGUUCAGUGACACGGGACGCAACUGGAAACAGUACCGCCAGGAGGACAGCAUCGGGGCAUUCACUGGAAACAGCAAUGCAGACAGUGUGGUGCAGUUCAAACUGCAGCAGCCAGUCUUUGCCAGGUUCCUACGGUUACUUCCUCUAGACUGGAACCCUAACGGGAGGAUAGGCCUGAGGCUGGAGGCCUAUGGAUGCCCUUACAAGUCUGAUGUGGCAAGUUUUGACGGCAGCGGCUGCUUGCUCUACAGGUUCAGCCCCAACCCAACACCAAUUCGAACAGCCAAAGACAGUAUCUCUCUGAAGUUCAAAACCCUGCAGAACUCUGGGACACUGAUACACACAGAGGGACAACACGAUCGCAGCCUCACGCUGGAGUUGCACAAAGGAACACUUUUACUCCACCUCAGAAAAGGUAAAGGUGCCUCUCCUGGUCCUGAGAGCCACACGGUCGUGUCACUGGGUAGUCUUCUAGAUGACCUGCACUGGCACCAUGUAGCCAUCGAGCGUGUUAGCGGCCAUGUCAACUUCACUGUGGAUAAAAGCACUCAGCAGAUCCAGGUCCCUGCAGAACUCAGUCCUUUUGAGAUAAACGAGAUAAGCUUUGGUGGCGUCCAGUGCCAUGGAACACAGAUGGUUCUGUCCAGGAGGAACUUCCAUGGGUGUCUUGAGAACCUUAUCUGGAAUGAGGUGAACGUCAAUGAUCUGGCCAAGCAGCGCCAGAAGGUCUCCAUCACGGGCAAUGUGACCUUUACUUGUGCUGAGCCGGUCUCCGUCCCAGUGACGUUCACUGGCGCCCAGAGUUUCCUCCAGUUGCCGGGUGCAGCUCUACAGCAGAGAGACGCCGGUGGCGGCGGGGUUGCCUUGGUGGCGGUUGGUGUGGCGAUCAGCCUGCAGUUCCGGACCUGGAACAGAGCGGGCCUUCUGUUAACCUUUGACCUCCAGCAGCAGGUGGGGAGCCUGUGGCUCUACCUGAGCGAGACCAGAGUCAGGCUGCAGAUACACAAGGCUGGCAGGAUCCUACUGGACGUUGUCACAGGGUUUGGUCUGAACGACGGCCAGUGGCAUUCAGUAGACCUGACUGCAAGAAGAGGUCGUCUGACCAUCACUGUGGAUAAAGAGGAAAGCUCCACAGCUCAUGCCAGCCCAUCUUUCCCUGUGGUGUCAGGAAACAACCUCUUCUUUGGAGGUUGCCCGGAUAGCAAGAAUAACCAAGAGUGCAGAAACCCUUUCAACGUGUUCCAAGGUUGUAUGAGACACAUCCGUGUGGAUAACAAUGCUGUGGAUCUGAUCAAGGUGCAACAGAUGCUGAUAGGAAACUACAGCGACCUGCAGAUUGACAUGUGUGGAAUCAUCGACAGAUGCUCUCCAAGCCAUUGUGAACACGGGGGGAGAUGCACUCAGUCUUGGAGUACCUUCCAUUGCAAUUGCUCUAACACAGGCUACAGUGGAGCAACAUGUCACAGCUCCGUCUAUGAGCAGUCAUGUGAAGUGUACAAACAGAAGGGCAAUACAACAGGGCUGUAUUACAUAGACGUGGAUGGAAGCGGCCUGAUCAAGCCACAGCUGAUUUACUGCAACAUGACAGAUGAAACGUGGAUGGUGAUCCAACACAAUAACACGGAGCUAACCAAAUUAAAGGCCUCCUCUGGGAUAAAUCAGCAUUUAGCCUAUUUUAACUAUUCGGCCGAUGCGGAACAGCUCGGAGCCAUAAUUACUCAGGCGGAGCACUGCGAGCAGGAAGUCUUCUACCACUGUAGAAAGUCACGCCUCUUAAACACACCAGAUGGAUCUCCGUUCACUUGGUGGGUGGGACGUACAGACGAGCCCCAGACGUACUGGGGCGGGGCAGUACCAGGGAGCCAGCAGUGUGGCUGCGGUCUUCAGGGUAACUGCAUCGACUCAGACCACUACUGCAAUUGUGACGCUGACCGCAAAGAAUGGGCUGCUGACUCUGGCCUGCUCAUCCAUAAGGAGAAUCUACCAGUCAGAUGGGUGGUGGUGGGGGAUAUACAGAGGCCUGAAUCAGAGGCAGCCUAUAGAGUCAGCCCACUUAGAUGUCAUGGCGACAAGAACUUCUGGAACGCAGCGUUCUUCAACAAAGAGACAUCGUACCUGCACUUCCCCACGUUCCACGGAGAGCUCAGUGCAGACAUCUCCUUCCUGUUCAAAACCACUGCCUCUUCAGGGGUCUUCCUGGAAAACCUGGGCAUUAAAGACUUCAUACGGGUUGAACUCAGCUCUCCGAUGGAGGUCGUCUUCUCGUUUGACGUGGGCAAUGGCCCCUUUGAGGUGCGUGUGGAGACGGGCGGCAUGGCGCUAAACGACGACAGGUGGCACCGCGUUCGAGCGGAGCGGAACGUGAAAGAGGCUUCACUGUGUGUGGACUCUUUCCCGGGCACCACACAGAAGGCCCCCGCCGACGGUCACAUCCAUCUGCAACUCAACAGCCAAUUAUUUGUAGGUGGCACUGCUUCCAGAAUGAAAGGUUUCCUGGGUUGUAUCCGCUCGCUGCAACUGAACGGGAGGACUCUGGACCUGGAGGAGAGGGCUAAGAUUACGCCUGGGGUGAGUCCGGGCUGCCCGGGACACUGCAGCAGCUACGGGCAUCUGUGCCAGAACCAGGCGAGGUGUGUGGAGAGGUACAAUGGCUUCUCCUGCGACUGUGGCCUCUCCGCCUACGCAGGCCCCUUCUGCCAGAGAGAGGUCUCUGCUUACUUCAAACCUGGGACAUCAGUCCAGUACACGUUCAAGGAGCCGUACGAGCUGACUAGAAACACCAGCACUCAGUCCCAGUCCUCCUCCAUCUACUCUGACCUGACGCUACGAGGAGAGAAUGUCUCGUUUAGCUUCAGAACCACACAGAGCCCUGCGUUACUUCUCUACAUCUGCUCCUACUACAGAGAGUACCUGGCUGUGCUGCUCAACAGGAAUGGUUACCUGGAUGUUAAAUACAAGCUGCAGAACAGUAGAGAUGCGGAGGUAUUCAGGACCAGCAUUAGGAACUUGGCCAAUGGACAACUUCACAGAGUCUCCAUCAGGAGGAUAUCAGAGACUGUCAGUGUUCAGAUUGACCAGCACAGAAGGGAAGACUUCAAUCUCACAUCUGAUACAGAAUUCAAUGCUAUCAAGUCAGUUGUCCUUGGGAAAGUGCAAGAGUCUGGUGAGCUGGAUCCAGAGAUUGCCAGGCUGAACUCCCUGGGUUUCAGUGGCUGUCUGUCGGUGGUCCAGUUUAACUCCAUCACUCCACUGAAGGCAGCGCUACUCUACCCAAACACCAGCCCAGUCAUAGUGACAGGACCCCUAGUUGAGUCCACCUGUGGUUCCUCAUCUCCAGCCAAUACCUACCCAGCCGAAACCACACACCCCCUAUCAGACCAUUCAGGUACAGUAGGUACUGGUGAGCCUAUAGUUAACGCAAUCAAGAGUGACUCUGCAUUGAUUGGAGGUGUGAUUGCUGUAGUGAUAUUUGUGAUUCUGUCUGCGUUGGCAGUAAUGGUAAGGUUCCUGUAUCGACGGAAAGAGACGUUCCACAGCCAAGAACCCAAAAGCAUCAAACCUGAGGCAGAUAGUCCUGAGUACCCUUUCCACAGCGAGCCCACCUCACAGAACGUACUAAGUGAAAACCAAAAGGAGUAUUUCAUAUAGCUCCAUCUGUCCACCCCCGGACUUUCUCAAUUUUUGACUUAUCCAGUGAAUCUGAUUAAGGAAGUACAGAAAUGCCUUCCAAGCCCUAGAGACAUUAAUUACAUUCACAGUGCAUUACACACACAUGCAGUAAAAGACCCUCAGCAACAGUCAAAACAAGAUGGCUGACCAAAAUGUGGAGAAGAUUAAAAAAUCAAUUUGUCCAUGUAUUGUUUUUUCUUGUUUUACCGGGUGUUGUUUUUUUAUAUACUACACUGAACGAAAAUAUAAACACAACGUGUAAAGUGUUGGUCCCAUGUUUCAUGAGCUGAAAUAAGAGCCCAUAAAUGUUCCAUACGCACAAAAAGCUUGUUUCUCUGAAAUGUUGUGCACAAAUUGGUUUACUUCCCUGUUAAUGAGCAUUUCUCCUUUGUCAAGAUAAACCAUCCACCUGACAGGUGUGGCAUAUCAAGAAGCUGAUUAAACCGCAUGAUUAUUACACAGGUGCACUUUGGGACAAUAAAAGGCCACUAAGAUGUGCAGUUUUGUCACAUAACACAAUGCCACAGAUGUCUCAAGUUUUGAGGGAGUGUGCAAUUGGCAUUUAAUGUUCAUUUCUCAACAAUAAGUUGCCUCCAACAUCACUUUUGAAGAAUUUACAGUAUGUUCAACCAGCCUCACAACCGCAGAGCAUGUGUAUGGCAUCGUGUGUGCAAGCAGUUUGCUGAUGUCAACGUUGUGAACAGAGUGCUCCAUUGUGAUGGUGGGAUUAUGGUAUAGGCUGGCAUAAACUACGGACAACGAACACAAUUGUAUUUUAUCAAGUGGCAAUUUGAAUGCAACAAAAUAUCAUGAAGAGAUCCUGAGGCCCAUUGUGAGGCCCAUUUAAAAAAAAAAAAAUGUAUCUGUGACCAAAAGAUGCAUAUCUGUAUUCCCGGUCAUGUGAAAUCGAUUGAUUAGGGCCGAAUGAAUUUAUUUAAAUUGUCUGAUUUUCUUAUAUGAACUGUAACUCAGUAAAAUCAAUGAAAUUGUUGCACGUUGUGUUUAUAUUUUUGUCCAGUACAGGUACUGGUGAUAUGACACAGAAGUGUUAAUGAUAUAGACAUUGAAAGGUGUUGAUACUCUCAUUCAUGGGACUGUAAAUAUUCUUAAAAAUGUAAAUGUUGAAUUAAUUAAUGUCUUUAUAACAAUCGCUGUCUAAUAUUCUUCUCCGGUGAUACAAUACCUAAAAGAUGAUAAUAACAUACACUAGAGGGAUUUAUAUGUACCUGCAGUAUGGUUAUGAAGAUGAAAAUAAAUGUUUGGACUAUUGAGUUGAAAAUAUUUUGCUAUUAUAUUGAUGAAUGUUGGCUUCAUGUAGUGUUAACAUGUCUGAGCCAUGCAGAAUCCCUCUAAAGUACACUCCACAUAUAGUACUGUGUAUUUACAUAUUUCCAAUAUGGCACACCAACUUUCUCUGGUACCACAGUAAAAGCAUCAGAUCAAACCAAUCUACCAAAAUACAUAUAACCCUUUAGAAAUGGGUAUGACUCAAGCAGAGGGGUGGGGGGUGGAGGGGGGAAAUCCCCCCAUCCCCCCUACAAUUUGCACCCUGCAUAGCAAUGAUAAUUGAACAAAUGAAAAUAACGAAAAUUUCACUGACAAAACUUGUAUGUUAAUACAGUAUUAUGUUCCAUACAGUAUGUUCAUUUGGGGGGGGGGGACUUUUCUGUACUUCAGACAGUUCCUUUGCAAGCAUUACCUGUAAUUUUAUGUGCUUUCUCUGCAUUAUCCUGGACAAAAAUAAAGCAUUACCA